AUGGCCACCCCCAACACCUCGACACUGGCCAGUUCGGCGCAAAUCUUUACCACGCACACCCUGCCCCAGAUCCGCGCCAUCCACAAGACCCUCCAUGUCCAGAUCGACGAGAAGUCGGCGCGCCUACGCACCCAGGUCGGCAACAGCUACAGGGAGCUGCUGGGCACCGCCGACACCAUCGUGCAGAUGCGCGGGGACAUGCUAGGCGCGCAGGACAUACUCGGUCGCAUGGGCGGCCUGUGCGGCCGGACCGUCGUGGACGGGAAGGUCGGGGGACUGCGCAAGUUCCGGGGCGGCGAGGAUGCCGACGCGCAGUUGAGCCAGGCCGCGCGGUUGAAACUACUCAAAGCUUGCGGCCUUGCUGUGGGACGGCUGUUGAAGGGGGGCGCCGAGGGCAGGGGAGAUCGACUGGUGCUGGCAGCCAAGGUCUUCGUGCUGAGCCGGUUGCUGGUGUCGAGCUUCAGCGACCUGAAGGCUGCUGACGAGGAAGCGAGGGCCGCGGUCGAGGCUGCGAAGAAGAGUCUGGAUGGCAUGAGACGAAGACUGACUAGGGCAGUUGAGAAGGUCUUGUCCAAGGUUGGGGAUGGCGCGGAUACACCCGAGAUCAUCAAGGCCCUGUCCGCCUACAGCCUUGCGUGGAGCUCCGGUACUAGGGACGUCCUACGGCAUUUCCUUCAUAUUAGAGCUCAGGCCAUUACGUACGAGUUCGACCUCGACGAACACGAAAAGGAUAGGGGCACUGAAAACGUCCUCAAUGCCCUCAGGUUAUACACCAAGACGCUGCUGGACGUGCAGGCAUUGGUGCCAAACAAGCUUCCAGAGGCAUUGUCCGCACUGAAGAAGAAGCCCCUCCUAGCAGACGAGUCUCUUAGAACCUUGGAGGGCCUGCGACUGGACAUAAAUGCGAGGUGGUGUGGUGAGGAGAUCCGCUAUUUCACACCUUUCAUCAGACAUGAUGAUCUGGAUGGGAAGCAAGCUAGAGAUAUGCUGAUGGGCUGGGCGAAAAGGGGUGGUGAGACCCUCCUGGAGGGUGUCAGCAAGACGCUCGAGCAGGUCACCGAGUUCAAAGCUAUUGUAGAGCUGCGGACAGACGUGCUGCAACAAUGGAUAAAGGACGGCGGAAAGGCUCGAGGCUUCGACCCAUCUGAUAUGCUUGAUGGCCUGCGGAAAACCAUCAACGACCACCUUCUGCGCAUCCUGGAAACCAAGGUCACGAAGCUCAAGCUUGUCGGAUCGGAGGUUACGGCGACAUUAAAGGCGUGGCAGACAGGCACGGCCGAUACACACCGCAGUCUCUGGGACGAAGAGAUGCUCGACAUGGACAUAUCGGGCGAUGCAGUUCACGUUAACCACGAGAUUGUAUCACGUCUGCAUGGGAGAAACCAUGCUGUUUCACGAGCAGUCACAGGCUUUGAGUCGUGGCACCACAUCAUCGAUAAUGUGGGCGAUCUAGUCGAGCAGCUUAAACGGCAACGUUGGGACAAUGAUGUGGUUGACAUCGAAGACGAGGAGGUCAUUGAAGCUCGGCAGAAGUUGUUGAGCAAAGACGAUCCGCAAUUACUGCAUAAGCGACUCAACGCAACGCUGGAGAAGGCCUUCAGUGAUCUGGACGAGCAGCUGACGUCUCUAUGGCAAGCCCGAAAGGAUGGUGCGGGCAGUGGCCAGAUUGCCACGUACCUUCUGCGGAUCCUGAGAGACAUACGAAGUCGACUACCUGACAUUGAAGGCGUCAAGUCUUUUGGACUCGACAAUGUCUCCUCGCUGCAUGAGAAACUCGCAGCCCACGUGUCCGUUACCCCCAUUGAGGAGUUCACCUCGACGGCCUUGACGCGGAAACGAGUAGCUGGCCGAGCGCUAUGGGAAGGCGAGCCAUCGUUGCCCGCUCAGCCCUCACCUGGCGCGUUCAGUCUCCUGCGGAAGCUCGUCAUGUCGAUGGGCGAUUCUGGACUCGACCUCUGGACCCCUGCUGCAGUUCAGACUCUCAAACACGUCUUUGGGAAACAAUUGGCGGAGGCCUGGCGCGAGGAGCUUAAUGCCCGCUUUGCUGAGAUAGAAGUACCAGAGACUCAAGCCGACAAGGAUGAUUCAGAUGAGGACAAGUCGUCACAAGAUGCCGAGGGUUGUCCGGCGGAGACUGACGAGAAGCCGCCAAAGGUCGCAGACGAUCAGAAGAGAGACGUGCUGAUCCAAUGGCUGUAUGAUAUCCACCUUCUACAGCAUUGCCUCGGGACCGAAGAGGGCUCGAAUGAGACUCUGAAGGAGCUUGCCGCGGAGGUAUUGAAGGGGACUGGUUUAGAGAAUGAAGCAGAGGGGCGUCUGGCCAAGACUUCGCAGGAGUAUUGGAAGAGGACAAGCUUGUUAUUUGGCCUGCUUGCAUGA